UGUAGUUUGGAGUCAACAAGACUCAGAACUGAUUAUAGCAGCGCACAUACAUCGCUGUGACACAGUUUUUAAAUUUCCAUUCUAUUACUUAAUGACUUGUACAUUUGUGUAAAUAGAUUAGGCUACUUCUAUUUUUAUAACAAGGCAACAAGAUGGAACUUAAUUCUCUUUUAAUUCUGCUGGAGGCUGCAGAGUACUUGGAAAGAAGAGACAGAGAGGCAGAACACGGUUAUGCGUCUGUUUUACCGUACAGUAGCGACUUUUCCAGAAAGAAAACGAAAGCCUCGCCAAUUUCCAGAAAAACUCAAAACAAUAGAUCGUCACACAACGAGCUGGAGAAACACAGACGUGCCAAACUACGGCUGUACUUGGAGCAGCUGAAGAAGCUGGUGCCUUUAGGUCCAGACAGCACGAGACACACCACACUGAGCUUGCUGAAAAGGGCCAAGAUGCACAUCAAGAAGCUGGAGGAGCAGGACAGGAAGGCUUUGAACGUGAAGGAGCAGCUGCAGAGAGAGCACCGCUACCUCAAACGCCGCCUGGAGCAGCUUUCUGUGUCCGGAUCUGUUGAGCGUAUCCGCACUGACAGCAUGGGCUCCACCAUCUCCACCGACUCAGAGCAAGAGGUCGACAUCGAGGGCAUGGAGUUCACCCCCGUCGAAGCGGACAGUGUGGACAGCAUCAGUGACGGCGAGGAGGAGGAGGAGGACCACUACAGCCUCCAGAGCAGCUCCAGCGACACCAGCUACACGGCCACACAUUCCCACAGACUGCAGCCGCACCACUGUUAAGACACCACGCGGCCAUCCACCUCCCAGCCAGCUCCACCCCGGGCCCCUUGGCUUCCCUCCCCGACUAUUUACAGUCGCCAGCACCGCCCACUGCCUACAUCAGACCAGUCCACAGCGGCGGUACACCCUGAAUCUGUUCCUCCUUUCCUGCCCCCAGCUCUCCAGGAAGCACACAGGGCUGAAAUGCCACUCAAGCUUUCCUGAACCCCCCUGACCACUGACCCUACCUCACCCUACUGUAUCCUGAACCUGAACCUGCCCCUCCUGACACGCCCUGCCCUCCCACUGCCCUCACAACAUCUACGUAGUGUUGCCGCAGGCUCAGAGAGAGAACGGAGCAGAAUUUGUGGUUUUAAUGGGGACUUCUGUGGUGUGGUGGACAGCUUUGACUUGUUAAUCAGGAUUUUGUUAAGUGUGUGUGUGUGUGUGUGUGUGUGUGUGUGUGUGUGUGUGUGUGUGUGUGUGUAAGAGAGAAAAGACUAAGCGAGGGAGUUAAAGAGUGGUCAAAUGCAACAAAAAAAACAAAAAAAAAAGAAAGAAAGAAAAUGCCUCAUGUCAUCUAUAUGAGGCAAUAAAACACAGAUGAAGCUUUGCCCCAAGUUUGUGAUGUAAAAGUUAAGGCAUUUCUGUUUGUUCUGCAACAUAUGCAACAGUUAUUUACACAAUAAGAUUCACAGGAGCAGCUGUUGUGAAACAUUUGACUGCUGAGAAGUAUUUAUAGAUUUAAAGGAACGGUUUGACAUUUUGGGAGAUACAUUUAUUUGCUUUUGUGCCAAGAGUCAGACAAGGAGAUCGAUGCCGCUUUCAUACCACCCAAGGCUGGAGCUUGCAGCUGGUUAACUUAGCUUAGCAUAAAGAACGGAAAGAGCAGGAAACAGCGAGCCUGGUUCUGUCUGAAGCUGAAAAAUAUGCUUACCAGGACCUAGAACGCCCGCUGAUUAACAGGUUUUAUCUUUGAUCAGAUCCAUUGAAAAACCGAAGCGUUAAAUCGACAGGUUUCUGUUUAUGAGGACGAUGACGGAUUUGCGGCCACAUAAACGUCUGUAUGUGGAUUGAACGAACGAGAUGCGACUUGUUAAUAAGUGAGCCUUUGAUACGCUGCUAUGCAAAUUCAUUUAUCUUUGGUAUAGAGCCGGGCUCGACGUUUCCCCCUGCAGCCAAGCUAACCGGCUGCUGGCCGGAGCCUCAUAUUUAACAAACGGCGGCAUCGAACCUCCUCAUUUAACUUCCCAAAAUGCAGAACUGUUCUUUUACGUUUCCACUCCUCAGGAUUGUGACGACACGCAGCGCUGCUUCUGCAACUGCGUGACCUAAACGAGGGCUUUCUCACCAGCUACUUCUGCACGCGUAGUCGCGUUCUUCAAAACCAAAUGUGGCCAAAGACAAACUGAAAAAGUUACAGAGCUGUAGUAGCAAAGGAGGAAUGUAUAUAGAUGUACAGUUACUGUCCAAGUCCUUGUGUCUCCCUCUGGUUGGGCUGCCUAACCACUACUCCACACUACUGACCACUACACUAUACCACCCUAUUCUGUGGAUGGACUACUAUGUUAGAUUUAAAGUAAAACAAGGAGUUGCUUCAGAACUAAAACGCUAUUCCUUAAAGAUUGAAUAAAAUCUCCCUCAGUAGCGAAUUGAUGUAGCAAUAAAUACAAGAGGCGGGUGCUUCCUCUGAGUGUUUAAAUGAUUCUGAUGUCACGGGAGACUUUUUCUUUUAUGUUUUUUUUUGUUUAUUUUUUUUUUUUUUAACCCUGUAGAUGGCAAGUGGGCGCUUACAGAGUGGACCUGCAGAAAAAGGAGCAUUUCUCCUUUUUUUUUUUUUUUUUAAUUUGUUCACUAACGGAUCCUCCUCUUUGCUCCCAACGCCAUGUAUUCAGAAUUAGCAUUUCUCUACAGCUGUGUUACUUUUUUCAAGCAGUCGUCAUGUGUGCUGGGUUUUGUUUCGUUUCGAUUAACAAGUCAAAGCUGUAAACGCGGAGAAGAAAAAACAAUAUUAAAAGAAAAAAAAAAGGGCCAGCUCUAACGAUUUGUUCUCUGCAGAG